AUGGCGUCCGCGUUCCAGAAUACGUGGCAAACUGCGCUCGAAGUCGAAAAGGAGCUCCUCAAGAGCCUUGCCGAAAAAGAGCCGACGUUUGCUGAAAUCUCUCACUACCUGUCGGAAUUCCGCUCCGCUUGCCAAAAUGCUGUCCUCCAGGCCUUCGAAACCGCCCGCUCCGUCGAUGUCGAAACUCGCCUUUGGGAUGCGCAUCUCAAGAUCAACACUCGGUUUCGCAAAUUACUUUCCCGCUUCCGUGAAGAAGGCGGGAAGAAAAAGAAGCCGGUAGAGAGGCGGAAACUCGAAAAACACUACCUCGAAUUCAUCAAAUCAAGUCAACGAUUCUAUCGAGCCUACAUUCAACAAUUAUCCUCCCAUUUUGGAGGCAUUCCGGAGCUGGAAAAAGUUGCGCGGAAAUUCAAUUCUGACAAUCUGUCUGCGGAGCCUCCGAUUCAAAGUUCCGAACCCCUCAGAAGGCUCGUUCUUUUGUCGUGCCAUGCAACCCUUAUUCGCCUCGGUGAUCUCUCGCGCUACCGCGAAACCGAGCUGGUAAGCAAGAACCGCAAUUGGGGUCCGGCCAUCGGCUAUUAUGACCUGGCCACCUUGAUCCAUCCAGCCUCGGGUGCGCCCCAUAAUCAGCUGGCAGUCAUUGCUUUGGCCGACGGGAAUCAUCUGAGGGCCACUUAUCAUCUUUAUAGGGCACUUGGGGCUCAAGAGCCUCAUCCAUCGGCUAAGGGCAACCUGGAGAUCGAAUUCAGAAAGGUGAUGAAUGCUUGGAACAAACGAGAAUUGAUUCGACCUGAAGAUGCUGGUAUUCCGGGCAGGGCACUGGCUCCUUGGUUCGUAUACCUCCACGCACAAUGUUACCGAGGGCUUGAUUUCCCCGAACAUGAUGAGCUUGAGAGUGAAGUUUUGAACCAGCUUGCUGUGGACUUGAAGGAGCGCUCACUUGAAGGCACUUUGCAAAAGUUUUGCCUGAUCAAUAUUGCUGCUGAGGAUUUCUCCCGGACACGCACCACUGAAGAUACUGCACCAAAUGCGCGCCUCUUCUUUCAGCGUAUCAACGUGAAGACCUUCUUCACACUGCUCCAGAUACUCCUUGCCGAGGUAGAACGAUUUGCGGUCGAAGACCCGAGCAAUCAAGACGCAAAAACCGGACCCGACAAGGUCACAGUCGUGGCGCGACGUAUACUACCGGCGCUCCGGAACUACAGCUCUUGGCUUCUUACGGCCAGCAGCCUGUUGGUCUCGUAUAAAGGGGAAAAGGACACGCCUCUCGCUGUCCAGAUAAUUGAGUUCUGGAAGAUAUAUGCCAACACUCUGACCCUCCUCGCGUCGACGUUUGAUGUGGUCCAUCUUCCCGAGAUUGAUUAUCUAUUGGAAGAAGAUGAAGAGACACUGUGUUUUGCGCCCCUGGCCAAGGAAUCAACCUCGCGGAGAUACUUUAACUCGGCUGGCCAGCAGAAGCCUCGAAUGAACGAUCCAGGGGUGGAAAGGAACCAUCCUAACAUGGAGAUGCUCUACCGAAUCCGCGAAUUUGUUAUUGAUGGGUUGGAUCUUGUUGUGAGCAAUAAAAUCCCAAUCGCCUUAGUGGAUGAUGAAGACAAGAAAACUUUCAUCUACCAAGAAGAAGGGCUUCCAUCGCAAUUCUUCGCCAGCCCGUCGGGUCAUCACCAUACGCUCUCCUCUGCUAGUAUCGAAAGGGACGAUAUCCAACAGGCGGCUAACGAUGUCAAUCCUAAUGUGGACACCAAAAGCGUCUUUGGCGGGUCGCAAUCCGCCUCUGCGUCAAUGUCAGCCAGUAUGCAUCGCAUCGUCGAAGAUGUAGAGCGAUUGGUCGAAUCAGACACCUACGAGAACGCCCCGGCCGUGCCAGAGCAGCUGACUUUCCCACGAUCUAGCAAUCAGCAGCGACCGUCCAGCCAGUUUUUUGACCCGAUUAGUGCGGACUCGAUUUUCCAGGAGGACCUCCUUCCUCGGCAGACUCCAGCUGCUCCUCCCGGGCUCGUCCCACCGAUGGCAGGAUCUGCAGCUCUAGCCCGGGUGCCGUCGUCCCAAUCAUACACUCAACGGCCCUCCCUCCCCGGCAUCCCAAGUAUCUGGAACACGGCUCUUUCGCCGGAAAUUGGUGACGCACCUUCCCCACGGACCCCACCAGGCCUGGGACAGCAAUACCCGGCUUCGAUGCCAUUUCCAAACAUCGGAAGCCCCAGUCAUCGCCAUCCCUCUCAGGACUCGAUCACCAACGAGCUCAUGCUCCGUCAAAAUCUGAUCAAUCAAGCCCAGAUGCAGAGCGCUUUCAACGGUCCUGGCGCCAUAUCCUCCUCAUGGAUGCCCACGUCACACUCGACAUCGCAUCACCGUCUUUCUGGUAUGUCAUGGGACCGACACCUCCUCGAGGCUGCCGCAAACACUCCUGCAUCACUCGGAGUUCCCAGUCAGCCCCUAUCCAGCGGUCUAUCCAAUGCAUCGUGGGCCAAUGACGCGUUCAUGGCCAGCAGUUUCCCAUCUGGGGCCGGCUACCCCAGUUCCGGUUUCGGCAACAGUCGCAAGUCUGCCACGCAAUACGGUGCUAUCGGCCAAACACCCCCUUGUGGACACGGAGGCUGA